AUGCCUUCCCAGGAGUCACAGGCUUUGGAGGAUCUCUACCACAGAUUGAGCAAGCAUCUCGGGUCAGAGAAUGUGGGACUCGACCUACAUCGCAUACUGCUGGAAGAACUUGGUACCGUGAGCGCGGAACCGACGGACGUCACUUACGAAGAGGUCAAAUGCCCAGGAACUGUCCGACCGGCAAUCUGGUGUAAGCCGCUGUCGGCUUCGCCGUCACGUGUGAUAUUGUACCUGCACGGAGGUGCCUUCAGUGCGGGCUCUCCGGCAAGCCAUCGCAAGACAGCGGCGCAUCUCGCCAAAAAGGCGGGAAGUCACGCACUCGUCAUUGACUAUCGACGAGCACCAGAGUACCAGUUUCCAAAGCAAAUCGACGACGCGGUCGCCGCAUACAAGUGGCUAAUCAAUGACAAGGGUUUCUCCAGCCAGCGAGUCGCCCUCGCGGGAGACUCAGCGGGAGGCAAUCUGACGGUGGCGACCUCUCUUGCGGCUCGUAACCUCGGCCUACCCCUUCCGGCAGCCAUUGUCGGGUUCUCUCCUUGGAUCGACAUGAGGCUGACUGGCAAGAGUCUCAAGACAAAUGCUAGCAAAGAUGCACUUAUGAAUCCAGAAGCUAUACAGGGCGUAACUGACCUGUACGUGGGCGGUGCCUCUCUUGAUGACCCGCUUCUGGACUUGCUUCAUACAGAUAUCAAAGGCCUUCCGCCCAUGUAUCUGACGGCAGGGACGGCGGAAGCCUUGAUGGACGAUACGAUUCGGUUGGCACAACAUGCAAAGGCGGCGGGGAUCGAGGUGCAGAUGGAACUGGGCGAGGGUAUGCAGCACGUUUGGGUGUUCAUGGCAGGAAACGCUUCCGAGGCGGAGGAGACCAUUUCUCAGGCUGCAAAUUUCAUUCGUAGCAAGAUGGGAUAA